GACUAAGUAGUAACACCACACCAUAUAUAACAUCAAAGACCAAUAUGGCAACUCCCCAAGAUAAACUUUCCUCCAAAUCUUUCAAAUGGUUUUCCACCAAAGCCCUAAAACUAAACCUAAGUUUCCAAAACCGACGAGGGUCAUCACCAAAAUCCAAUUCUUCUUCAAGCUUAAACUCUCCAAGAAGCAACACUGAUGACAAAAACAACACAAAAAGUCACCACUCCCAUGACGAGCUCCGUCGAGUCUUCAGCCACUUCGACGUGAACAGCAACGGUAAGAUCUCAGCCUUUGAGCUCAGAGACUACUUCGGAUCUGUAGGUGAGUAUAUAACUCACGAGGCAGCUCAAGAGGCGAUAAACGAAGUAGAUACUGACGCUGAUGGGUCUUUAGGUUUUGAGGAUUUCGUUGGGUUGAUGACAAGAAGAGAUCUUGACGGUAACGGUGAAGGUGGUGGAGAGUUGAAGACGGCGUUUGAGAUGUUUGAGGUGGAGAAAGGGUCAGGAUGUAUAACACCAAAGGGUUUGCAAAAUAUGCUUACAAAGUUAGGGGAAUCAAGAACGUACGGAGAGUGUGAAGCAAUGAUAAAUUAUUACGAUAUUGAUGGUAAUGGAGUUCUUGAUUAUCAUGAGUUUCGGCAAAUGAUGACCGUUUAAUUUAAUUAAUUUAUGUUUAUUUCAUAUUAUCAUGUUAUUUUCUCGAAAUGUUUAUGAAGUGUUUUCUCUUUACAAAAUUAAUCUUUAUGAAGUGCGUGUGUAGGUUUUAUAUUACGAGUGAGCUUAAUUACUUGUGUAUUAAUAAAUUAUAUGAAUGAUAUAUUUGUAUUUUGAGGUA